AUGCUCGUUCGAACGCGCUGUUGUACCAAGCGAUUCUACCAGCUGAAUCUGCGGUGGACUUCCAGUCUGUCCUCUGUCAGGACCCCCAAGGACUACAUUAUCGGUCAGGAGGGAGCCAAGAAGACGCUCUCAGUUGCGGUCUUUAACCAUUACCGCCGUAUUGAGCCACUCUUAUCGCCCCCGCCAGUCCCAGAGCCGCCCGCUUCUGCGGAGGCCAUUCCGGCCCCGCCUUUGCCCCAUGAGGACUAUAUCAACUGGGAUAGACCUGGUUUUGAGUCGGCUUACGAUCAGCCGCAACGUGACGCCACGCGCGUCGUGGGAGCUGAGGGGGGCUCCGACCCCACCUUGACCCACAACCAUGUGUUGUCGCGCGAAGAGCGGUGGGCUCGAGGUGACGGAUACUUUUCAUCUCUUCGGCCGCCGACGCUUCUAGGCAAGAUAACAGACGGGGAUGCGGCUGAGCCGGAGAAGCCUGUCCGGGGUCGCCGACGAAAGAGUACAGAGGAGGAUCAGCGAUCCGCUAAUGAGAUCACAGAGGAGGAAGUAAAGUUGGAGAAAGCUCGCAAAGACGAAGCUCGAGCUGCUGAAGAAGCACGGCUCGAAGAGGAAGCUCAGGCCAAGUAUGCGGCGGCCGUCAAGAGCAGCAUUCAGGGCACCCCCACUCACGAAGACCCUCACGUUGUCGUUGAGAAGAGCAAUGUCCUCAUGAUGGUGGGCAUUAUCCACAUCGAUGAGGUCGACAAGUUGGCACGACGCGGCGGCAACGAGUUUGGGACGUGGGGCGGAGGUCGCGAUGUUGGUGGUGAGGGUGUACAGCAAGCUCUGUUGCGCAUUCUAGAGGGGACUAGCGUGACGAUCUCGGCGAAGAACGCGCCCAUCAGUUCCAAUGCACCAACAGCUUCCUCGCCCCCUUCGACAGUGACCGCUGGCAGUUCCAAGACCGAGUCCAAUCCGUACGCUAACGACCCGCCUCCUUGGGACCCCAACAAUCCCAUGAAUCGCAGCUUCGGCGCAUCGCCUGGCCCAAAGAAGGGCGUCCGUGAGGGCCUUCCGGGUUACACCGCUGGUCCUAAUGGUACCAACAUCCUCUUCAUUCUCUCAGGUGCUUUUGUCGGGCUGGAGAACAUCAUCUCCAAGCGUCUGGGCAAGGGCGUAUGUCUCUUUCUGGGUGCUCAGCUGACAGCCACUUCGAACGACUUGAAGGAUUACGGACUGAUCCCCGAGUUCCUCGGCCGUCUGCCAGUCGUAUCCUCUCUCCAUGCUUUGGAGGUGGAAGACCUCGUACGCAUUCUCACAGAACCUCGGAACGCUCUCAUCAAGCAAUAUCAAGCACUGUUCAGGCGGUACGGGUCCGAGCUUGUUUUCACUCGCAGAGCGCUCCGGGCUAUUGCGCAGGAGGGUCUCGACCGAGGAGGUGGUGCCCGUGGACUCCGUGGAGUCCUUGAGGAGAUACUUGUUGAUGCCAUGUUCGAGGUGCCUGGUUCUGUGAGUGACAGUAGAGUGUGCAUUGCUGACGAGCAGGGUGUUCAGCACUGUCUGAUUACCGCCUCAACUGCACAGGGUCGCGAGCCUGCCAUGUACUUUUCCCGUGGCCAGCGGCAUGCGCUCACCGAAGUGCUGGAAGCAGAAGAUGGUAUCCGCCGCCGCGCCCCAGAGAUUGACCUUGGCGAUGAUGAGAAACUGAGAGCUGUUGGGUGA